ACAAUUUCAAUACCAAAACUCAUUCUAUUAUAUUGUUAUUAUUAUUAUUAUUAUUAUUUAGUUACAAAAAUAGUGAAAAUGAAAAAUUUUGAAGAAGAAGAAAUUACAGAGCCAGUGAGUCCAACAGGGCAAUAUUUGAAUAGCUCUGCUUUGUGUAUAUACAUUUUGGGUGUUUUAGAAUUUGAAAUUCCAAUUAAUGACUGCCAAACCCUUUCAUUGCUUCAAGAUGUUUUCCUUCCCAUCAACACACGUUUCUCCUCCAUCAUGAUUAGGGACCAAAUAAAUGGAGAGAAGAAAUGGAAGAAAGUUGAAGUUAAUUUGGAGGAGCAUAUUAAAAUUCCUAUAUUUCCAAGUAACGAAUCAUCGAACUCAUUAUAUGAUGAAUGUCUUGACGAGUAUAUGUCCAAAAUAGCAAUGGAACGUUUACCACAACAAAGGCCACUUUGGGAAAUUCAUAUAAUUAAAUAUCCAACAAAAAAUGCAGCUGGUACUUUGAUAUUUAAACUUCAUCAUGCACUUGGUGAUGGUUAUUCUCUCAUGGGUGCUCUUCUUUCAUGUUUAGAAAGAGCUGAUAACCCUUCUCUUCCUUUCACACUCCCAUCAAGUCAAAGACCUAAAUCUAUUUUUAAUACCAAAGCUAUUUUUAAGAGAUUUCCUUCUAUUUUCUCCUCUGUAUUUCGUAGUAUGUUUGAUUUUGGAUGGAGUAUUGCAAAAAGUAGUUUGAUUGAAGAUGAUUUAACUCCAAUAAGAUCUCGUGCUGAUGAUGUUAAACUUCGACAAAUUACUAUCUCAAAUGUAUCAUUCUUUAUGGAGCAUAUCAAAGAAAUCAAAUCAAGACUUGGAGUGAGCAUAAAUGAUGUGAUUGCUGGGUUAAUAUUCUUUGGCAUAAGGUUAUAUAUGCUAGAAGUGAAUCGAGAAUCAAGAAAAGCAAACUCGACAGCAUUGGUGUUAUUGAAUACAAGAAGUAUCAAAGGUUAUAAAUCAGUUAAGGAGAUGGUUAGUAAGAACAACAAUGGUGCUGCUUGGGGGAAUCAAUUUGCAUUUUUACAUGUACCAAUUCCAGAGUUAAAUGAUCCUAAAUUUGAAAACCCACUUGAGUUUAUUUGGGAAGCUCAUAAAGAGAUUAAUAGGAAGAAAAAUUCUUUGGUUACACCUCUUACCGGAAUGCUUUUAAAUAUGGUCAAAACACUAAGAGGCCCUGAGGCUGCAGCUAGAUAUGUGCACAGUACAUUAAGAAACUCAAGUACAACAAUAUCUAACAUAAUUGGGCCAGUGGAACAAAUGGCUUUGGAUAAUCAUCCAGUUAAAGGUUUAUACUUCAUGGUUGUUGGUCCACCAGAGAGUCUCACGGUGACAAUCAUGAGCUAUAUGGGAAAGUUAAGAAUUGCAUUUGGUUCGGAGAAAGAUUUCAUUGACAAGCAAAAAAUCAAGUGUUGUAUGGAGAAAUCUCUUGAGAUGAUAAUUAAAGCAUCAAGAAAGAUUUCCUCAUAAAAAUAAAAGGAAUAUAACUAUAUUAUAUAUUUAAUUUUUUUAAAUUCAAAUAUGGUAUGUAAUGAUUCUGUAAUAGUUGGUAAUCUUUUUUCAUAUGUAUGCAUUUUUGUUGAA